UCGAUGACCCAGCUCGAAAUCUGCAUUUUUCAAGGUUACCACUUGAAAAAUAAACACACAGCGAGCGGGACUCUUCACACGAUGAGUCACGUGGUUUUCAAAUAAAAAGGUCAGGACGACAAGUUAUGCAUGGGAUGUAGUGAAGGAACACCUCUUGUUCCGGCGCCGGAACUCGUUCUCUCCUUUUUAUUUCAUCCCAGUGUUCUUUUUGGAGAAGUUAGUUAAAAUCGCCUUGCUCUUGGGCAUCCCUAUCAGAUUGUUGUCAUCUUCACAGCGUGAUUGUCAGUGAAUUUCAUUUGGUGUUGGAAUUAUUCUUUUUAAAGAGAGAAUUGGGUGGUUAUUUAGAUUGUGAUUGUGGAACAAAAAUUCUUCAGAGUAUAAAUCGAAAAUUUAUACGAUUUCGAUAUUUAAACUUAAUUCGACUUUAUUUAAAGUUACCGAUUUUAGUAUAGCUUUAUAAUUAAGCAAAUAUGAAUCAUCGAUCUAGAUUGGUACUGUUAUCUCUUGGAACAGUAUUCUUAGCCAAUGCAGUAGCAUCAUCACUAGUUCAGAGUAUCCACUCCAACUCAAAUCAGCUUCUCCAAAAUAUCCUGACUCCCCAAGUAGUAGCAGCAGAACGGACAUUAGAUGCUUCAAGUCUUGUAGAAAUGAUCAUGUUUGGACUCGCAGGAAUUCCAGUCUACAAAGCAGUCGGUUUUCUGUUGCCAUUUUUAAAAACAAAAAAGAAUCAAGCCAAGCAGAAAGACAUGGGGAGAGUUUUACAAAGAGGGCGCAGCAAGCGAGACUUGCCCUAUGCGCAACAGUUGCUGGACCUACUAAUAUCCGUGGAAACUGCUCUUGAGAAAUAUGGUGUAACCGAACCUCAAUGUCAACUCCGGGCUACUUGCCAAAUUUAUAAGAGAAGUGCUGGUAACAAAUCUCGUAAAUCCGACAAGAAUUUCAUUAAACUAGUCAACGAGAUGCGAAGAGAAAUUCAAAAUCCAAAAGUUGUUCCACUCGCCAAGUACGUCUUCGAAUAUUACGAAGAGGCCGCCAUUCGUGGCGAACAACAGUGCGAUUGUCAAGAAAAAUAUCCGAAAUGUGUCGCCAGUUUCCAAACGUUUUUGAAAAAGCCUAAGGGAAGGAGACCACAAAAUCAAGUUCGAAAUCAUCAAUAAUAGGUCGAAAUUGUUUUAACAAAACAUCCAGCGAUUUCAAAUCAUUUUUUUCUAAUUUGUACCUAAGAGCUUUUAAGUCACUUGAAUCAGCUUUAGUAAUUCCUUUAUACAAAAUGAACUUAUCAUUCAAAUUUGUUUUGUUCUUUUAAAAAACAUGCUCUCUAUUCUGCGAAUCUGUUGAAACAUGGUUUAGUGUCUAUUAGCUACGAGCUAGUAUUGUUUUCAGAUCAUCGUCGAGGAUGAAUCCCAGACCGUCGCCAAAAAUUCAUAAGUUGAGAUAUUUUCCAUUGCGUUUAACCAUAAGGUUAACCUUAUUUUCUACCGCUUAGCAAUACAUUUUUUUGCAGAGAAACUUUAUCGUUACCGUGAACCCUGUGUGCAUCUUUAAUAAUAUAUAAGCGGCGUUGAUCAGCAAUUCUGAGUUUACGACUAACACUGUUCAACGUCGAUACCUAGUAAUUUUGAACCCCACCCGGAAGACAAGAGAACUCCUGAAUCACACAUUAGGAUAAACUAGCCUCCUUGGAGGAAUUUUAGAUAAAAUUAACCCGUAUUUGCGUUACCGUUACAUGGAGAGAAAAACCACGAAAACCUUUCACUGAUCCCCUAGCCCGAUGGCAAAGGGAUUCUAACCCAUGUUCCGUCUACAACUGAAUAUAUUUCUUAUCUGCACUAUGGUCGGUGUGAUCCGGGAGCAGAAUUCGUAUCAACCAGCCACAACUGGGAUACGAACCUAGGUCACCUCAUGAGGCGAACACUCCAUCCUCUGAGCCGCUACUGCUCAUGGAUCUCUAGUAUGACGUUAAUUACGAAUCAAAACGAAUACGGUAACAUAAAUUCAAAUUAAAUGUGAAACCUCCGUUUUGGAAGUGCUGAUUAAGUGGCUUUUAAUUUUUCUUAAUUUAUUUUAAUUGUACCUCAUUGUAUUGAACAAAGUAAAAGAAUUUCGUGAUAUUUUCUGUAUUAUAUAUAUAUAUGUGUAUGAUUAUUAAUCGUGUAUUCAUAAGAACUUCCAUUUUAUAUUUAUAAACUGCUCAGUAUCAUUUCCUCUAAUUGUAUGGUCGUUUUCUUAGACGGCGUUGUACCUUGUUUUCGUCCGUAAUAAUUAAAAGGUAUCUUAUACAUUUUUUUUCGAUGCAAGCUAUUUAAGUUUUAAAUGUUAACAAUUAAAUCAUUUAUAUUGUAGAGUGUCUUUAUGAUUUGAAGGCAUGGAGAUGUCUUCGAAUUUUCUAACUUCAUAGUUUAUUACGAACUUCAUAGAACUUCAUAGUUCUUCAAAUAGAAAACUUUUAUUUACUUCUGUUUAAAUACCGAAUCCGGUCUAACAUUUAAGAUUUGAACCGGUAUGGUGACAAAUUUAUUCAUAAUUGAAUAAUUUUGAUUUUUUUUAAUGAAAUUCAUGGCAUAAGAGCUACUAACUACAUUGUGUGACACAUUCUUUCAACCACAUGAUUUCAAAAAUAAAUGUAUUAAAAUUGCUAUAAAUAAAAUGUUUACUUGAUACUUAAUCACUCUAUGUCUGAUACAAUACAUCAGUUAAGCAAUUUCCUAAUAUAUAUAUUUUUUUGAAAGUAUGAAAAAGGAGAAGGAAAUAUACAAACUUAGAUAGAUUUAUGUGUCUAAAUAUAAUCUCACUUUAGUGGUGCUUUUACUGUAGUGUAAUUCAGUAUUAUAUGUUUUGUGUUGUUUGUUAUUUAUAUAUUGGUGUAUUUUUCAUAACAUGUAAAUAAAAAACAUUCC